CGAUCGUCCUCUCGCACCCCUUCCCAUCCAUCCUAUCCAAUCUAUUUAGCAUUUGUUUAGCUCCUACCCAUAGUCCCCUCUAACCCAUCGACCUCUUUCAUAGUCCGCUCAACCGCAUCGUAACCUCCCCGUUUGUAAUAGUCCCCUCAACCCAGAGUAACCUCUUCCAGGAAGAGGAACAGGAAUGCAUUCAACACUUGGCAGAGCUAAUAUCGUAUGAGAGAGUACUGAUGUAUUGUGGGACAGCACACUGAAAGUAACCAAACACAUACUGGCUAGUACUAAUGAAACGAAAGUGGUGACUUGGAAGAAAUGAAUCUGAUUAAAGAGAGGGGAGAUAUAGUCGCUGAGUCAGGCGCAGCCGUAUAUAGCCAAUGUCGGCCGACCACAUUCACCGUUGGCAUGGGUAUCCGAUAAUCAAUGACCAAGAAACUGAUGACGAAUUGGAGCUAAUUGAGCUACAUGUAGUUGCAAACUCGAAGAAACUAGCCACAUCCAAAACAGAAUAUGACAACACAUUGGCAUCACCAUCGGUGCCGCAGGAUGCAUUCCCAAUGGCAAUGUCAUCAGGAUACAUUCCUCAAAGAUUUGCCGAUAUAGUGUCACUCCCCCAGCCCCUCCCCGAAACCCAGUUGCCAUCAUCAAGUAUCGGUAUUCCCGUGGAUAACUUCCAAAACCCUCCAUCGAGCCUUCCUGGGGCUCAUCAUUGUUAUGGUGGCUUUUCUCUUGGUCGUGUUGGCAACAGCACAAUCCAUCAUGUCACAGCUAGUGGAGAGCAAUCAGUGCAUGUUGUCCGAGAAGAUGUAAUUCGAGCAGCGCUUGUGGAUGGUGACAAUGAUGAAACUACCCUACUUCACAAUCCAGAUCCGAUGCCAUUAAACCCAAGAUCAAGAGCGUAUUGGAGGCAAGAAUUGCUUCGUGCCCUUUCAUUAGAAGUCAACAUGGUUCUCUUUCUAAUGGUUGUGUCACUCAUUGUAGUUUUGGCAGUUUCCAACGAUGGCCACAGCAGCAACAACAACCCCAAUAGCCCAUCAACAAACCAACAAAAUGGGGCAAUUCAAAUUCCUGGAGUUCUGGAAGUAGCACCCACACACGCACCAACAACUUUCUUGGAUUUGCUCAAUCUGCCCCAAUAUACACUACAAGCGAUGGAAAAUUCCAGAUCUCCUCAAUCUAAGGCCUAUCAAUGGCUGGCGAACAGUUUCAACAAUCAAAGCUCUACCCUAGUAAAUGAUUUGCCAAAAUGGAGACUAAAGCAAAGGUUUGCCCUGGCCACGUUCUACUAUUCGACAAGAGGAGAAUACUGGGUGAAGAAGCAUGGCUGGUUGGCCUGGGAUGAGGACGAAUGUACCUGGGAGCAAGUGUUUCUGAGCCAAAGGGACACUCGGGAAUUCCACUGCAACAAUAUGGGAGAAAUCAAAGAACUGUCAUUUGAAAGGGCGAACAACCUCCAUGGAACGAUUCCACCUGAGCUAUCGCUGCUGGGAGGAAGUUUUCAGGUUCUCAAAUUUCAUCAACAGUUGCAACUCGAAGGAACCAUCCCAACCGAGGUUGGGCUGCUGACAAAAUUGACACAGAUCACCUUGGGUCUCACAAAUAUUGCUGGAACGCUGCCCACAGAGCUGGGUUAUCUACAAUGUCUUGACUUUCUCUUCAGUUUCAACAACCAAAUCUCUGGGCAGAUUCCUUCCGAAAUUGGCAAGUUAGGCAAGCUAUCGUCGUUGAUUUUGGCUACUUUGAAUCUAUCAGGUUCAGUGCCAGUUGAAAUUUUCCAAUUGCCUGGGCUGGUAUCCCUUGUCAUUGAUGGGGGUCCAGAUCUGAACACCGAAUAUGCCCUUCAAGAUGUUUUUGGCAAUGCGCAACAACUGGAAAUGUUGUCCUUGUCAUUCCAAUCUUUUGGGGCAGACAUGUCAAUUCCAUCUGAAAUAGGCACAAUGACGAAACUAACAAAACUGUUAUUGUCGGCCAGCAAUAUUUUUGGCACUGUUCCAACGGAGCUUGGGAUGUUGGAACAAUUGACAUCUCUUGGCUUGAAUGAGAACGCAAUCUCUGGAUCAUUUCCAAAUGUGCUUAUCGAGUUAACCAAUCUGAAAUACUUGCAUGUUGACUCCAACAAGUUACAUGGUCCACUCCCACCUAACCUAUUUUCCAUUCUUACUAACUUGGUAACCUUGCGAGCCCACAGCAACCAUUUUUCUGGCAUGAUUCCAACUGAAGUGGGCCUACUGUCCAGCCUUCAGGUAUUGGAACUGAAGAAUACCGACCUGUCCGGCACAAUGCCAACAGAGCUCCUUGCUUUGACAAAUUUGACCCUUUUGGCACUCCAGAAUACAUCAGUGUCCGGCAGUAUUCCAGAACAGCUAUGUGACAAAAUGUACCAGAAGAAAUACCAAUGCUUUGGACGUCCAACAUGUCCACUGUUAUCAGUCAAAACCAGUGCAACAGUGUGUGAGGGAACUGUUCUAUGUGGAUGUGAUUGUGCCCCUUGUCCAUGAGCGAGCUGCAUUGCUAGAGUCAGCACUAUUUUCAAGACUGGACAAACAGACCAAGGAAGGUUCUCAACUUUCUACGUACUGACCUGGCUGUCAUCGGUACCGGCUUUUACCAACGUGUGCACAGGAUUGACUUGGAUGCUUGUCUCUGGGUCAAGGAAAUGUUUUUGAAAUGCCCGCACUUGCUUCCCUCGGCCGAUCAUAAGUGGCACAGUCGUACGCGGUGAUCUCGGUGGACGUAUACCAGGAAAGGAAGUACGGGAGUGUACGGUACUCGGGAUCACAACGACAAAAUUUCUUCACUCCAUGGCGGAGCACUCGCUGCGUUGCAAGGACACGCCGAGACAAGCCAAUUCACACUAUCCUGGAAUGCAUCGGUAUCAAUCGUCGGCCAAUUGAUACACCCUUGUCGAACCAAUUCGACCUGCCAGGCUGACAAAGUUGGAAGUGCUACAAUCGACCUGGGACGCUCAACUGAUUGAAAGGAUCGAGACGUAGAUCAAAUUUGGACGACAACCACCCUUUCUAGCUGGCUAGCUAGAGUCAGCACUCAUGAGUGAGCUGGCUAGUCAUAUUCGACUGGUAACACCCCCACACCCAUCGGAAACACACCAACCCCCUACUGGUAACAGUGAUCGGAUCUCGGGUAACUGACACCCAACUGCCGCCAACUCCCUGGGAGAAACCUGGAAUGCUGG